CUCGCGACCGUUCCUGCCCCCAAAUAACCCCCAGCAAAGCCAUGCCAGUUCAACAAACGAACGGAAGAGUUAUCCUCACUCACCCGAAGGGCGCGUCUGCGGAGAUCCUCCUGUACGGGGCAACCGUGAUAUCUUGGAAAUCUGGUAGUAAAGCCAAUAGUACACCCGUCGAGCGUCUAUUCGUCUCCUCAAAAGCGGCGCUCGACGGAUCCAAGCCUGUCCGAGGUGGUAUCCCGGUCGUGUUCCCUAACUUCGGUGCUCCGACGCAUCCUGAGCACGCGAAGCUGAGCCAACAUGGGUUUGCCCGAAGUGCGGUUUGGAAUUUUGACAGCGUCGUGAUGGAUAACGAGGCCGGCGUGUCUGUGAGACUAACCCUGACUCCGACCCCGGAUAUCAUGGUCAAGUACCUCAGGCCAUUCCAUCUGGCUUAUGUCGUCACCCUGGCAGAGCAUCAACUGAGCACGGACCUUCACGUAAAGAAUACGUCCCAGACAACCUCCACUCCUCCCGACGCCCUUGAGUUCCAGGCGCUUCUCCAUACCUAUAUCCGUGCGCCAGCCAACGAUGUCUUGAUUUUCCCUCUUCAGGGCAAGAAGUACUACGACAAAACAGAGCCGACUGAACAGGCCAGAAACCAGCCCAAGGAAGAAACCCGAGCCGGAGUGGAUGUAAAAGCCUUUACAGAUUCAGUAUACGAAGACGUUGCUGGAAAGUACGAGGUAACUUGGCCCGGAGGAAGUAUCGAAGUUAAAGCCAAGAACUUCAAGGACGUCGUGGUGUGGAAUCCAUCAGCGGAGGCUGGCAGUAAGCUCGCAGAUAUGGAAGAUGGAGGAUGGGAGAGAUUUGUCUGCGUUGAACCCGGAUAUGUGCGCGGGUUUGCUAGAGUGAAUCCAGGAGAGACAUGGGUUGGACAGCAAGUGUUGACUGUGCUGCACGAAGAGCGCGCGCAAGGUCAAUUGUAACAGGGAAGAGCGCUAACAGGAACGGACGCAUGUAAGAGUACAGUAGUGUAAAGAGCAAAGGGUUGUGGCUUUGCGUAGUUUAACUUUGGUUGUUG